AUGAAACACGGGAACAAACCACAUACAUACAAAGUGAACAGCAGGUGCAAAGACCCUGAGGUUGCAAACGUGUUCGACUCGGAUAUAGAACAGAAAGGAGGCGAGUGCAGGUGCAGAGCCCUGGUCCAUAGACCAUCCGUAACUGUUUAUCCAAUAAACAAAGUCAUACAUCUCCUCCCCGAGGAAGGAGAGGUGGGGACCAGACCCGCAUUCCACUCCACUGAGUCAAUUUUUUUCUCCUGUCUGCUGUGGAGACAGCAAGGUCUGUUGCCCUGGCAACUGCCCUCCGACUGCCAUGGCAACCGCCAUCGAAGGCUCCAGCUCUCCACCUUGCCCCUUGGGCAUCUCCAUGGAGACGGGCGGGAUGGAGGGGCUGCAGGAGUUCCAAGGCUGCGCCUGCGUAGAGUGGAGGGAGGGGGUGAGCAGGGUUCCCUGUCGUGCGCAGCCGCAGAGCAUCUCAGCUCUGCCCUCUCGCCCAGGCGCUGCGCAUUUGCCAGCCAGUCCGCCCGUCCGGAGCCCGGCUCGCUGGGGCAGCAUGGCGGGGUGCGGGCCGGGGGCGCCGGCCUUUUGGUCCUGCUGCUGUUGGGCUGGCUUGGGCCACCUCCCGCGCUCUGCGCUCGGCCGGUAAAGGAACCGCGCAGCCUGGGCGCAGCCUCGCCGCCCUUGGCGGAGGCCGGUGCUCCCCGGCACGUGGACCCCGAGCUGCUGAGGUAUUUGUUGGGGCGGAUCCUCGCGGGAAGCGCGGACUCCGAGGCUGUGGCUGCCCCGCGUCGCCUCCGCCGUGCCGCGGACCAGGAUCUGGGUCCUGAGGUGCCCCCUGAGGGCGUGCUGGGGGCUCUGCUGCGUGUAAAGCGCCUGGAGACCCCCGCACCCCAGGCCCCCGCGCGCCGCCUCUUGCCCUGAGCACCACCUGGAUCCUGCGCACCCUCCCGCCCAGGACCGCCCGACCCCUGACACCCCGACUGCUCCUCCCGCACGUCGAGAGCGGCUUAUCCCGCCAGCCACUGUUGCUGCCCUCGAACCCCAAGAUCCCCACCCCCACAAUAAAUAUGAUCUGAAGCAGC